AUGAAACAGACGGAGGAAAAAGACUCUGAGAAGGAAAAGAUGUCGAAGUCUUGGACUACGGCCAAUCUGAGGAAUUUGGGGCGAAAACCCCAACAACAGAAAACCAAACUCCCGAUUCAGGAGACAGAAGGUUUAAAGAACUCCUGGCUAACUUUACCCAAACAAUCUCAAGACUCGUGCGAGAGCGUUCCGCUUUACAGCUCCGUGGAAUCCACCACUCACCGGGACAGGGGCAAGCAGUCAUCGCGGAGUUCCAUAGGAAAGGACGAGGCAGGAGAAGAAAGGAAGAUUCAAUUCUCUCUGAGCCUCACACCGGAGGCCAUUCUCGUUAUUCAGAAGCGCAGCUUAGAAAAACAGAUGCUAGCCAAACAGCAGAAGGGUUGUGUGUCCGUGGACUUUCGGCACAGGCGAGUCUUUCCAUCCAAAAGGACUCAAGGUGGUUCCAAAAGCACGACCAACCCCGAUCCCAAUCUGGAACAUGCAGAGGACAUUACAACCAUAGUAAAAAUCUCUUUACUAAAUGAUCAGUAUAAAUACGAUGACGUGGAAUAUGAAGAAGACGAUGGCGACGUGGAUGAGACGGUGGUGAGGAAAUGCAAAGAAUGGCUGAAAGGUGUUGAAAGCGCCGCUGCUUUUGGAAAAGUGGACAAACUAUCUGCCCUUCCGCACCUAAAAAGCUGCUGA